AUGGAGAACGAGUCGAGCGAUGAAGAAUUCCGCGGCUACGUUGGAAAGUCAAACAGUACGCUGGUGGAGGCUCCGAAGAAGUUAAUAGUGCUCAAGUUGGAUGAAAAUACGCAGAAAGAAUGGGAGAAGCAUGUAGUGGAUAACCCUGAGUCCGGUUAUGACGAACUGCUUACAUUCCUGCGUAAUGCAAAUCGCUUAUUAGAAGCAGUGUCGGGAAACAAGAACGUACAGGAAAGUUCGGCUAGAAAGCAACCUGUGAAAGUGUUAGUGAACGCGGCAAGCGACACGCCGAAGUGUCGAGCCUGCGAUGGUACACAUUCGUUGUAUGUGUGCGAGCGGUUUAAGAAAGAAGAAGAUUAUCUUAUCAUCGAAGAACAGCAAGGCGACGAAAUGGCACAAGCCAAUCUUCAAGAAGGAUGUGAAGCGUCGCAGCCAAACUCUUCAAAGUACAUCCAAAGUCUACGCGCCAAACACAAGGGCUUAUACCGCAAGCUAGCAAACAUGAACACCGAACAGAAAGACGACAGCAUAUCUCAAGUCCAACGAGGUAUGCUGGAAGAACUGAAAGCGGUGCAGAGCCACGUCAUGGAUUUAAUCCUGGAAGAAUUGCCAGAUGACGUAGAUGAAGACUUGGCAAAAGACGAAGCAUUCCACUCACUAUAUGCUUCUAAGGCAGCGAAGCUGGUCGUAAUCGACAAAAAGCCAUCGUCAGCUACAACACCUCCUGAAGUUGCAUCAUCAUCGGUCUCCAUCCAGCAUCAUCUCAACAUCCCAAUGCCGGCUUUUGAUGGUCUAUACGAACACUGGCCAACGUUCAAGGCCAUGUUCUUAGACAUCAUGAAGGGGACUAAUGACUCGGAUGCAGUAAAACUUCAUCAUCUCAACAAAGCGCUGCAACGGCAAGCAGCUGGCAUCCUGAACACGUCCAUUCUGAAUGGCAACAACUUCCAGGCGGCAUGGGACGUCUUGGAGAGGCGUUUUGAGAAUCCUCGGCUGAUUGUCGACAAGCACAUCGCAGGAUUGCUUCAGCUGAAGCAUGCACCCCGAGAAUCUGCAAAGGACCUACGGAAGCUAGCGGAAACGUGCAAGAGUCAUGUGGAUGGCUUAGUAUUUAUGAAGCAGACUAUCGACAGUACCAGCAACCUCAUCAUCACGCAUUUGCUCAGCUCAUGUAUGGACGCUGACACAAGGAAGGCAUGGGAGAGUUCGUUGGAACAUGGAGAGUUUCCGGAUCUCUUCAAAACUCUCGAUUUCAUCAAUCGGCAAUGUGAGGUGCUCGAAAGCUGCACGCCAGAGACGUCACGGAAAUCAACAAGCACCAAAGCAUUCACUUCUACCACAGCUGCCAAUCCAUCGUGUGUUCUGUGCCAGCAGCAUCAUACUCUUCAGAACUGUCCAACCUUCAUCGCGAUGUCCGUAGUGCAGAGGAAGAGCAAAGUACAGUCAUUGAAACGUUGUUUCAAUUGCCUCAGCGCUGGACACCCGGUUUCGCAGUGCCGAUCGAAAUGGACGUGCCGUAUCUGCAAGAAACGUCAUCAUCAUCUACUUCAUGGGGAGCAGCUUCCAGCAGCACCAUCUCUUCAGCCUCCAGACGCCGCUGCAACAUCUCAUCAGCUUCCAGUCGAUGCAGCUCAACCAACAUUCAUCGGGGCAUCGAUGACUUCAUUGACGACAGCCGUGCCAUCCACAGUGCUAUUGCCAACAGUAGUGCUCAACAUCACCGAUCGUGCCGGAGUUAGCCAUCCAGCAAGAGCUCUCUUGGAUAGCGGAGCUCAAUCCAACUUCAUCACUGGCAGGAUGGCACAGUUCCUGGAAUUGCCGCGGAAGCUGAUCAAUCUUCCGCUAUCAGGCAUUGGUGGCAGUACAAGAUCGAAUGUGCGACAUUCCAUCGAAACCACCAUCCAUUCUCGAUGCUCGAGCUAUGCUGCGUCAUUGGAGUUGCUUGUGUUACCGAAGCUGUCAGCAGACAUACCAACUCAACGGAUCGACAUCAGCCACUGGAAGUUACCGGAAACCUGCGUCUUGGCUGAUCCAUCCUUCAAUCGGCCAGGAACCAUUGACAUCAUCUUGGGAGUAACACACUUCUACGAGAUCCUGAGGACCGAACGACUCUCCCUGGGAGACAGUAUGCCAACUCUUCAGGAAACUGAAUUUGGUUGGGUAGUCAGUGGCAGUGCUACCAUCACCGAACCCAUGUCACCGGUAAUGUGUGCGGUGGCAACACACACGAACGAGUUGGACAAUCUGAUGAAGCAGUUCUUCGCCAUCGAAGACCUGAGCAACACACCGAGCUGGAGCAUCGAGGAACGAGCCUGUGAGGAUCAUUACACGGCAACCACCACACGAGAAGAGGAUGGCAGGUACAUGGUUCAGCUUCCACGCAAGCCAGAGAUGAUUGGCAAGCUUGGCGAUUCAAGGACUAUCGCACUUCGACGGUUCCUAGCACUAGAACGUCGACUUCAACGGGAACCCGACACCCAACGUGCCUAUGUGGACUUCAUGGAUGAGUACCUUCGCUUAGGUCAUAUGAGCAAGGUGGCAGCGUCUUCAAAGAACGAUGGAUCGUUUUAUCUACCACAUCAUCCGGUCUUCAAGAACGACAGCACCACGACGAAGUGUCGAGUGGUGUUUGACGCAUCGAGUAAAUCCUCAACGGGUGUGUCGUUGAACGACACACUAAUGGUCGGCCCGACCAUUCAACAAGAUGCCACUUCUAUUUUACUGCGGUUCCGGACUCAACCAAUCGCGCUUACCGCUGACGUCACAAAAAUGUACCGGCAGGUUUGGAUUCAUCCAAAGGACCGGUCACUGCAACGCAUCAUUUGGCGGAAUUCACCCAACGAUCCCAUUCAAGAGUACGAGCUCAACACGGUAACAUAUGGGACAGCAUCCGCUCCAUUCCUGGCAGUCCGCUCGUUGCAACAAAUCGUAGCGGACCAUGGAGGAGAGUUUCCAGCCGCCGCAGAACGUUCCUGUGACUUCUAUGUAGAUUACUUCGUUUCCGGCGGGCAAUCAUCUGAAGCGGCGCAGAUGCUGCAGCUGCAAACUGAGCAACUUUACGCAAGUGCAGGAUUCGAGCUGCGGAAGUGGGCGUCCAGCGACCCAUCAGUACUCCAGAACGUGAACCAGGAGAAGUUAGCAUCCAGCCCUUAUGCUACCAGUGGAUCGAAGGGACUUCUCGCCACCCUCGGGUUGAUUUGGGACCCAACAUCUGACACGUUGCAGUUCAAAAUCAACACCCCAUACGUGAUUGGGGCAAUCACCAAAAGAUAG